ACCACUUCUUUGGACCUUGAACAAAAUCAGUUGCAUGGCGGCAAUCCAAAUACAGUUAUACUAAUAGACGACGAAUCGUGGUUGCAUAUGAUAUUCCGCUAUUGGAAGAUGACAAAGAGGCCGCCCAUUUCUCCUCUCUAUUUGACCUUCAUUUCUCCAUAUAGACACACAGAGAGAGAAAUCAGAAAUGGAAAAGGUAGUAUGUGUUACAGGAGCAUCCGGCUACAUAGCGUCUUGGUUGAUUAAGCUUCUCCUCCAGCGUCGCUACACUGUUAAGGCCACCGUCAGGAACCUCCGUGACUCAAGCAAGGUUGCGCAUCUAACAUCACUCGAAGGAGCGAAUGAGAAAUUGCGUUUAUACGAAGCCGACUUACUCGAGGAAGGAUCCUUCGAUUCUGCAGUUGAUGGCUGCCAAACAGUCUUUCACACUGCAUCACCCGUUGCCCUUUCCGUUUCCGAUCCACAGGUUCUCAUCCCUAAUCUAAUUCCCCCUUUCAUUAAUGGUGUGAAUUACUCCAUUGAUUACACAUUUUGGCAUCUCCAGACACAGCUAAUUGAUCAUGCGCUCAAGGGCACCGUCAAUUCCUGCAUUAAAUCAUCAACCAUCAAUAGAGUUGUCAUCACAUCUUCGAUUGCAUCCGUUAUGUUCAACCACGAUUCGUUAAACCUAAGUGAUGAUGUUAUAGUAGACGAGACAAUGUUUUCGGAUCCAAUCUUCUGCCGGGAGAAGAAGGAAUGGUAUGCUCUGUCUAAAACUCUAGCUGAGACAGCGACGUGGAAAAUGGCGCGAGAGAAUGGGCUGGACUUGGUUACAUUACACCCAGGCUUCACCAUUGGCCCUCCCCUGCAGCCAUCUCUCAACUUGAGCUGUGUUGCUCUUCUCAAUCUCAUCAAACAAGGAAAACAGUUGCUGCCUAAUGGUGUGUACCGGUAUGUUGAUGUUCGAGACGUUGCUCUUGCACAUAUUAUAGCAAUGGAGAAUCCUUCUGCGAACGGCAGAUACUGCCUGGUUGGGAGGGUGGCUUAUUCGUUUGAAGCAUUCGACAUUUUGAAACUCAAUUUCCCUUCUCUCAACCUCCCAACAACCGAGAAUCGGCCGACUAAGCCCCCUUACCAAGUAUCUAGAAAGAGAGCUGAAAGUUUGGGCAUCAGUUUUAGGCCUCUUGAGGAGAGUCUCAAGGACUCUGUUGAAUGCUUCCGGGACAGAAAUUUGAUUACCUUGUGAAGUAGUAGUAGUAGUAGUACUUAAUUCUUGUUGUUUCUGAUAUAAUUAGGCCCUGUUCUUCAUCU